AGUCUACCCUCGCGCUAGUCUGCUCACUCUCUAGUUCCGGUGUGUCCUCUCUAUCUUGCUGGAGUGUAGCGCACACCGUGCCUGCGAUCUCCACCCCCUGCUCGGUUUCAGGGUUACUCCGCACAGUCAUGGCAGCCGUCCGCAGGUCCCGUUCUAACUCCCGCUGCGUCCUGCGUUUUUCUGACCGCGAACUGUGCUGAGCCCGGAAAUCCCUGAACUCUACUCGACAUGGCGGAAGGUGAUGGCGAUCGUCACCCUGGCAUCCUAAAAACCGAUGAAAAUGGAAGAUCUGGAGAAACUAAUCUUCAGGCAGAACUGCAGAUGUUCAGAGCAUGCUGGAUGUCUGAACUCACCCCUGGACUGAAUCCUGGAGGAGGAGCGGAUAUUCGGUCCGGUAAGGCAGGUGCAAGAGGGCCUGUGGGGAAGGCCACAGAAGCCAAGACGAAGCAGGAGUUGGCUAAAGAGGAGAAGGCAAGAGAGCUGUUUCUUAAAGCAGCAGAGCAAGAGCAAAAUGGAGCACUCUAUGAAGCCAUUAAAUUCUACCGUCAAGCUAUGCAGCUGGUCCCAGACAUAGAGUUUAAAAUUAAUUACAACUUGUCUCCCGAAGGUGACGGCGUGGGGAAAAACUUCAUGGAUGAUGCCAGUGAUGACGGCAAGAUGACUGACCUCUUGGCUUAUUUUCAACAUCAGCUGACAUUGCAAGAACCCUCGCUUAAACUGUGCAGGCCAGACCAUGAGCUCAAUCAGACUCAUAUUUCAGAGCUCCCAAUGGAGGUGUUGAUGUAUAUUUUUCGUUGGGUGGUUUCCAGUGACCUAGAUCUCAGGUCGUUAGAGCAGCUAUCCAUGGUGUGCAAGGGCUUUUAUAUUUGUGCAAGGGACCCUGAAAUCUGGCGCCAGGCUUGCUUGAAAAUAUGGGGGAGAAGCUCCGUGAAGCUCGUCUCUUACUCCACCUGGAGACAGAUGUUUCUGGAAAGACCACGUGUCCGGUUUGAUGGAGUGUAUAUCAGUAAAACCACAUACAUACGCCAAGGGGAACAGUCUCUGGAUGGGUUUUACCGGGCCUGGCACCAAGUGGAAUAUUAUCGAUACAUGAGAUUCUUUCCUGAUGGUCAGGUUAUGAUGCUGACUACCCCAGAAGAGCCCCAAACAAUUGUACCUCGUUUGCGGACAAAACAUGCAAGAACUGAUGCAGUGCUGUUUGGCCAUUACCGUCUGUCGCAGGAAACGGACAACCAAACCAAAGUAUUUGCCGUGAUAACCAGCAAGAAGGAGGAGAAACAAAGUGAGUACCAAAGGUAUCGCUAUAUUCAUCGGCCACCGGUGCAAGAAACUGAGCGCAACUUCCAUGUGGGACUGCAGAUAUGCUCAAGUGGCCGACACAGAUUCAACAGGCUGGUUUGGAUUCAUCAUUCUUGCCAAUUUACAUACAAAUCAACAGGAGAAACAUCUGUUACUACGUUUGACAUUGACAAGAUGUACACACCUUUGUUCUUUGCUCGUGUGAAAAGUUUUACUGCAGUCUCCGAAAGGCCUCUUUAAAUUUUAUUGCCCUGGCUAGUGCACGAAAGCCACUGAUGGCGAAAAUGCAAACAAACUGGGUGCAUAUGUUUUUAGUGUUUCUUCUGGACGGAGUUGGCUAAUGUAAAUGUUCUUUUAUGGGAGUUCAUCGACAUUUCAGAGUUGAAAUAUCAAAAACAAGUUU